UAACGAAGCACGGAAUGAAUGAGAACAUCUUCAAACGCCUUAGGGAAGAACUAGCGUGUUCUUCCUCUUUAUGUCGCUAGAUGGCGAAACAACACUCGAUACAGCGGCGGCUGAGCUAUUCUACGGAAGGGGGAGAGGCUGAGAUGGAAUGGGUUGAAAUGAUAGAGUAGUAGAUUCCUAGACAGGAAGUGGAGAUGAGUAGGGCAGAGGAGCUUCCGGGUCACCGACGGGAGAAUAAUGGCGUCGGCGGAGCCUCUUGAGCUACUUGGAGGGUGGAAGCGGAUCCUGGGAGAGAGAGAGAGGAUGCGAAAAAGAGCACUCUGGACAACAGAGAAUGAGAAGCAGCAUUAAAGUGUAAAAUAAGCCAUCAUUCAAAAUAUUUUCCAAUUCACCUGGAAAUCUUCCUCAGCAGAUGAGAGAAGAAGGAAAGAAUAACAAGAACAAAGUUUUGAGCUGGAAAAAAAUAGAGCACACGGAACUGAAAAAAACAUUAAAUGAAAAAUCAGGGAGGAUAAUAUUUAAAUAAAUAAAAAAAUGAGGAACAACGUGAACUCAGUAGAAAGAAAAAGGUUCAAUGUAUAGCCAAAAUUGGCAGCCAUUAAUGAAAGCCUUUCAGGAAGGAAAGAGUGGCUUGAACCAAACAAUCACCAGGCAAGAGGUCAGAAAUAUUUUUCACCACCUCAGGAAUCGAAGCAUAUCAGUGUUGAAAAAACCCCAGAGACUGCGUCAUGUGGGAAAAACACAGAUUGCAGAUCGCAUCUGAUUCUGCACAACAGCAUGCAUCCAGUGAAAAGCCAUACAAAUGUUUGGAGUGCGGCAAAAGCUUUUCUCAGAAAAGCUUCCUCAUGAUUCAUAGAAGGACCCAUACUGGAGAGAAGCUCUACCAGUGCUCCCAAUGUGACAAAAGAUUUAGCAUUCAUUCCAAUCUGCUGAGACACAAGAGGACUCACACUGAGGAGAAACUAUUUGAAUGUCUUGUUUGUGGGCAAAGUUUCAGUCUGAAGUGCAACCUGGUGAUACACCAGAGAAUUCACACAGGAGAAACACCGUAUCAGUGCCUGGAUUGUGGGAAACGUUUCAGUCAGAAUUCCUGCCUAGUGAAACACCAGAGGAAUCACACAGGAGAAAAACCGUAUGAGUGCCCGGAUUGUGGGAAAACAUUCCGUUGGAAUUCCAACCUGGUGGAACACCACAGGACACACACAGGAGAGAAACCGUAUAAAUGUAGCAAGUGUGGGAAAAGUUUCAAGCAGAGUUCUAAGCUUGUAAUACACCAGAGAAGUCACACAGGAGUAAAACCAUUUCAAUGUCUGGAUUGUGGGAAAAGUUUCAGUCAAAGUUCCCAUCUUGUUGGACACCAGAUGACACACACAGGAGAGAAACUGUAUAAAUGUCCUGUUUGUGGGAAAAGUUUCAUUCGGAAUUCCCACCUGGUGAUACACCAGAGAACUCACACAGGAGAAAAACCAUAUGAGUGCCUGGAUUGUGGGAAACAUUUCAGUCAGAGUUCCUGCCUAGUGAAACACCAGAGGACUCACACUGGGGAGAAACUCUUUGAAUGUCUGGUUUGUGGGGAAAGUUUCAGUCAAAAUUCCCACCUGGUGGAACAUCAGACGACACACUCGGGAGAGAAACCGUAUAAAUGUUCUGUUUGUGGGAAAUGUUUCAGUCAGAGUUCCUACCUAGUGAAACACCAGAGAACUCACACAGGAGAAAAACCAUAUCAGUGUCUGGAUUGUGGGAAACGUUUCAUUCAGAGUUCCUGCUUAGUGAAACACCAGUUGACUCACACAGGAGAAAAACCGUAUGAGUGCCUGGAUUGUGGGAAAAGAUUCCGUUGGAAUUCCAACCUGGUGGAACACUACAGGACACACACAGGAGAGAAACCGUAUAAAUGUAGUGAGUGUGGAAAAGGUUUCAAGCAGAGUUCUAAGCUUGUGAUACACCAGAGAACUCACACAGGAAUAAAACCAUUUCAGUGUCUAGAUUGCGGGAAAAGUUUCAGUCAGAAUUCCAAUCUGAUGAUACACCAGAGAACUCACACUGGAGAAAAACCGUAUCAGUGUCUGGAUUGUGGGAAAAGUUUCCAGCAGAAUUCAAAGCUUGUGAUACACCAGAGGACUCACACGGGAGAGAAACCAUAUGAGUGCCUAGAUUGUGGGAAAAGGUUCAGUCAGAAUUCGAACCUGGUGAUACACCGAAGGACUCACACUGGAGAGAAACCGUAUAAGUGUCAUCUUUGUGGGAAAAGUUUCAGUCAAAAUUCCCACCUGGUGGAACACCAAAUGACACACAUAGGAGACAAACCGUACAAAUGUCCUCUUUGUGGAAAAAGUUUCAGUCUGAAUUCCAACCUGGUGAUACACCAGAGAACUCACACAGGAGAAACAUCGUACGAGUACUUGGAUUGUGGGAAAAGUUUCAUUCAGAGUUCCGACCUAGUGAAGCACCAGAGGACUCACAAAGGAGAAAAACCAUAUGAGUGCCUGGAUUGUGGGAAAAGUUUCCGUUGGAAUUCCCAAUUGGUGGAACACCACAGGACACAUACAGGAGAGAAGCCGUAUCAGUGCCUGGAUUGUGGUAAAUGUUUCAGUCAGAGUUCCUGCCUACUGAAACACCAGAGAAAUCACACUGGGGAGAAACUCUUUGAAUGUCCUGUUUGUGGGGAAAGUUUCAGUCAAAAUUACAGCCUGGUGGAACAUCAGACGAUACAUACAGGGGAGAAACCUUAUAAAUGUUCUGUUUGUGGGAAAUGUUUCAGUCAGAGUUCCUACCUAGUGAAACACCAGAGAACUCACACAGGAGAAAAACCUUAUCAGUGCCUGGAUUGUGGGAAACGUUUCAUUCAGAGUUCCUCCUUAGUGAAACACAAGUGGACUCACACAGGAGAAAAACCGUAUGAGUGCCUGGAUUGUGGGAAAAGAUUCCGUUGGAAUUCCAAUCUGGUGGAACAUCACAGGACACACACAGGAGAGAAACCGUAUAAAUGUAGUGAGUGUGGAAAAGGUUUCAAGCAGAGUUCUAAGCUUGUGAUACACCAGAGAACUCACACAGGAAUAAAACCAUUUCAAUGUCCGGAUUGUGGAAAAAGUUUCAGUCAGAAUUCCAAUCUGAUGAUACACCAGAGAACUCACACUGGAGAAAAACCGUAUCAGUGUUUGGAUUGUGGGAAAAGUUUCCAGCAGAAUUCGAAGCUAGUGAUACACCAGAGGAUUCACACAGGAGAGAAACCAUAUAAGUGUCCAGAUUGUGGGAAAGGUUUCAAUUGGAAUUCCAAGUUGGAAGUACACCGGAAGACCCACACUGGAGAAAAACCAUAUGAGUGCCUGGAUUGUGGGAAAAGUUUCCAGCAGAAUUCUAAGCUGGUGAUACACCAGAUGACUCACACGGGAGAGACACCGUAUGAGUGUCCAGAUUGUAGGAAAAGGUUUAGUCAUAAUUCGGAUCUGGUGAUACACCAGAGGACUCACACUGGAGAAAAACCAUAUGAGUGCCCGGAUUGUGGGAAAAGUUUCCAGCAGAAUUCUAAGCUUGUGAUACACCAGAGGGCUCACACUGGAGAGAAACCGUAUGAGUGUCCAGAUUGUGGGAAAGAUUUCAGUAUCAGGUCCAGCCUUAUAAAUCAUAUAAGGGUACACACAGGGGAGAAACCAUAUGAGUGUCCAGUUUGUGGGAAAGAUUUCAAUAUCAAGUCUACCCUUAUAAAUCAUGUAAGGUUACACACAGGGGAGAAACCAUAUGAGUGUCCAGAUUGUGGGAAAGAUUUCAGUAUCAGGUCUAGCCUUAUCAAUCAUGUAAGGUUACACACAGGAGAGAAACCAUUCAAGUGUCCAGAUUGUGGGAAAGAUUUCAGUAGUAGGUCUAGCCUCAUAAAUCAUGUAAGGUUACACACAGGGGAGAAACCAUUCGAAUGUCCAGAUUGUGGGAGAGAUUUCAGUAGUAAGUCUAGCCUCAUAAAUCAUGUAAAGUUACACACAGGGGAGAAACCAUUCAAGUGCCCAGACUGUGGAAAAGGUUUCAGUACUAGGUCUAGCCUUACAAAUCACGUAAGGUUGCACACGGGCGAGAAACCAUUCAAGUGUCCAGAUUGUGGGAAGUGUUUCACACAAAAUUCCUCUCUUAUGAGACACAAGAAAUUCCAUAUGAAGCAAAAUUUGAUGCCUGUAGAGGAAUCUUGAAUUUCAUUUCUCUUCUCUCUUUGAAAGCCGAGUUGAGAAAUUAACCAUUUAAUUUCUUGCCUUAUUCUUUUUAGUCUAAAUGUCUUGGUAUCAAACACGAAGGAGGAGAUCUGAGCUUUCUUACCUGGUAAGACACCAGAGGACUCACAAUGGAACAAAACUUUAUGAAUGUCCCGAUUGUAGGAAAGUUCACAUCACUUUUUAAGGCAAACUCUUCCAUUGGUUGAUUGUUCUGACUGUCUUAAAGUUCUUAUUUGUACUUUGAAUCUUUCCUUGAUCAGUGUGCACCAGGGUGGAUUUGAUUUAAAUCAGUUCGAUUUAAACCACGAUUUAAAUCAAGUUGAUUUAAACCACGAUUUAAAUCACUAGUAAGGUUGUGCAGCUGUCAUCUCUGUCCCGCAGCAACUACUCCUCUGACCAGUUGUUGACUCACCGACAAUCCCAAUAUUGUAGAAUAUACAGCCUCAUGCUACAUAACUAAGCUUCAUUUUAUGGUGAAUAAACUAAAUUAUGAAUGUAUCUUAAAUAGAAAACUAUCUUUAGAUAUAUUUUUACUCCAAAACCAUUUUAUUGAAAUAAAUUUGAUAAAAAGA